AUGGCUGUAGGCUGUAGAAGCUUGCACACUCAAAACAUUUCUCAAAUCUUCUGGAAUUUCCAGCUUCAAAAAGUCUCCGAGUCAAAGGUAAAUCCGGAAAUCUUGUGGUCAAGCGAUAGGCUCUAUUUCAAGACGGACCCCAAAAGAUUUUUCCUGGCCCCAGACUAUGGGCAAAAUUAUAUAUCAAAGAAUUUUGGCCCUUCAUAUGCCCAGUUACUUGACCCAAGGAAGCGCCGGUAUAGCUUGGUAAAUGAGUACGCAGCUCGUUCACUUACAUUCGAGACCGACCGACUCUAUGCAUUGGCUGCUUUAGCACAAAAAUUCGAAACACAGUUCCGAUUGACUUAUUGGAUAGGGAUAUGGGCUAAAGACAUUCAUGAUGACCUUCUCUGGACCACUGUGGGGCCGGUAAGUAUCCCAGAAGCAUAUGUUGCACCUUCAUUGAGCUGGGGCAGCCUCGGAUUCAAUACUCAGAGUCCGGGUCAGGAUUUUAAGUAUUAUUCCAAGUCCGAGGGGGAGGGAAUCAGUAAUUCAAGAUUUAGAGCACAGAUAGCUGGCUAUCAAUGGCCAGUCUCAGCAGAUGUGUCUCUAACACUUUCGAACACGAGCUUCCCAGAAGAAGUUCACGCUGAACACCUUUUACUAAAAUUCGAUCGAUUAUCAGAAGAUGGCUGGUUCUAA